AUGAUCAAUCAGAAUAAGUGUAUCAAAGUUCUUCAGAAUAAAUAUGUAGUAAAUUUGAAUCAUUAUCUUGGAUAAGUAAAAUUAAAUAAAUCCUAGAUUGAAGGGAAGUUUUGCAGCAGUCUAUAAAGGACACAUGUUUGGAAAUGAGAAGGAAUUAAUUGCUAUUAAAAUUAUUGAUAAGAAUAAAUUAAAAAUCCAAUAGAGUUUUAAGAAUGUCUUCCCGGAUUAUAUAAAAAGAGAGAGUUAAAACUAAUUCUAAUUGUCGAGUCCUCAUAUAGUAAAGUAUUAUUUGUUUUUAUUUAGAAUGAUAGAUCUUAUAGAAAAUGAUGAUGAAACCUAUUUUAUAUUAGAGUAUUGCGAAGGAGGGACCCUUAAACAAAAGAUUGCCAAAGGUGGAAUUCCUUAUGAAGAGGCACUUUCAAUUUUCAAAUAAAUUGUGAAUGGAUAUAAAUAAAUCAGAGAGAAAAAUAUAAUUCAUAGAGAUUUAAAACCAGAAAAUAUUCUUUUUUCUAAUAAAGUUGCUAAAAUAGGGGAUUUUGGGUUUUCUAAAUUUUUAGAUGAUCUUGAUGAAACUGUGCUUUAAUCAGCUGUUGGAACUCCUGUUUAUGCUGCACCUGAAAUUAGAACAAGGAAAUUUUCAUCUAAAGCAGACAUUUGGUCUUUGGGAGUAAUACUUUUUUAAAUGCUAUAUGGUUAUAUUCCAAAUGAGAUAAUAGAAUACUAAAAACUUCCAUCUAAAAAAUUUGAUCCUAUUAAAUUUCCAGAAAAUAAGAAGAUUCCUGGAUAUAUUGUAAACAUUUUGAAAAAGAUGCUUGUUGUCAAUCCUGAAAAGAGAAUUAGUUGGGAUGAAUUAUUUGCAGAAACUCUUUUAGAAUUAAUAGAACCAUAAAGUAGUGAAAUUAUAGAUUAAAUAAGCGAAUCGAAGGCUAUGAUGAUGAAACAAGUGCUUACAACAGAAAAUAAGGUAGAGAGUAUCUUUUUAUAUUUCAUUUAUGUUUCAGAUAUUCUAAAGUUCAUCUAACAGUUGAUGACUGAUGUUUAAAAUCUAAAUAUAAUUGCAUAAUUUUCUCAAACGUAAUAAUUUAGUUAUUCAAUAAUUACUAUUAAGUACAUGGAGAAUGAAUUAAAAUGCUAUUUAGAUUUUCUAAAAGGUUAGGUAAAUUCUAAUCAUUUCUAUCUUAGAAUUUGUUCUCAAUUUAUAUACUUCAAAGCGAUUUUGAUUUAUUUAAGAACACUGAUAAAUAUUAUCAGACACUCAAUAAUUUUAAGAAAAAUUAUGAGAUAAUGAACCAAUUUUACGUUCAAGCUAGGGUGAAAUUUGAUAAGUUCGCAACUUCGAAAAAUUUGAAGGAAGAUUAAAAGAAUGUAAUAAUAUGUCUAAUUUAAGUGGUGUAAAAAUGUAAUUGAGGCACUUGAUCAAAAUGAGAAUAAUCAGAAGUUUUGUUAAACAUUCAACCAAGUUUAUUGCUAAAUAAUACAGCGGAUUAUAUAAAAUUUUAAUAAGAAUGAGAAUGGAAACAAAGAUAGGGAUGGAAUUUUGAAGGUGUUAAUUAAAUUGUUACAUUGUUUUUAACCACUCUAAUUUAUUCAUCAUAAAUAAGAUGCAUACAAGAUUGAAGAGAGGCUGCUCACCACAUCUAGUUUAGAGUAAGAGUUUAAUGAUCUAUAUGCUAAAAUAUUUAAUUAAUGA